UAAUCUGUCGUCUUUUGAUGACGUUCAGAAAAGCGACGCACAUGCUAGUACGCUACAAGUGUUUUUACUUACAUUAUGGCAACAGUACAAGUUAGCGAGGCUGAAAAAGUGUACAUUUUACACGGUAUACGGGAUGACUUACGAGUGGACGGAAGAGGCUGCGAGGACUAUAGACACAUGGAAAUAGAGACCGACGUGGUGUCCAACACAGACGGCUCGGCCAAAGUCACACUGGGACACACAGCGGUUCUAGUUGGAAUUAAAGCUGAAAUUGGAAAACCAAGGCCCAUGGUGCCAGAUGAAGGCUACUUGGAGUUCUUUGUUGAUUGUUCGGCCAAUGCAACCCCUGAGUUUGAGGGCAGAGGUGGUGAGGAGCUGGGGACAGAGCUGAGUAACACACUCUACAAAGUCUUCAACAACAAACACAGCAUGGACCUGAAGAGCCUCUGUAUCAGUGCAGGAGAACACUGCUGGGUUCUCUAUGUGGAUGUGCUGCUCCUGCAGUGUGACGGAAACCUGUACGAUGCCAUCUCAGUAGCUAUCAAAGCAGCUCUCUUCAAUACAAAAAUUCCCAGAGUGCACAUAUCAGCUGACGACGAAGGAGGGAAGGAAAUUGAGUUGUCAGACGACCCAUAUGACUGCAUGAGACUCAAUGUAGAAAACGUUCCUUGUAUAGUGACGUUGUGCAAGGUGGGCCACCGACACGUUGUGGACGCGACUCUGCAGGAGAAGGCCUGUUCUGUGGCGAGCCUGAUCAUCUCUGUCACACACAAGGGCACGGUCACCUGCACGAGGAAGGUGGGCGGAGGAAGCCUGGAUCCAGAGAGCAUCUUCGAAAUGACAGAGGCAGGUAAACGGGUCGGGAAGGCUCUUCAUGCUCCGCUCAUGAAGCUGCUGCAGCAGGAGGAGAGUUUGGGAACAAAGCGACAAAAAGUUGGCUUCCUUGGUUAAGAUCAGUUACUGUAUUUAUCUACAGGGUGUAUAUGUAUACAACAUUUUCUAAUAAAACUUUUCAUUUGUACAGCC